AUGUUACAAACCUCGAGGAUAUGCUUUAAUAACAGGCUAUCUCAUUCAUGUAUGCGCUUGAAUCAUAUUCCUAAAAGGACGUAUGCUGAUUUCCUUAAAGAUUUACCAAGGGUUGGUGGUGCAGUUUCAAAACUUUCGAAGAAAACUCAAAAGCCUAAUGGACCUACAAAGAAGAAUGCAGAGGCAAAUUCAAAACCAAAUCUAAGUCCCAGCAUACCCAAGGGAAACAGAUUUGCUCAGCAAUAUUCACAACCGAAGAAAAGGAAUGAUUUUAAUAACAGACCGAAAAUUCAGAACCGCUUUACAAAGGAAGAAAAGGUUGAACUUGAUAGAACUCAACAAUACAAUAUGGCCAAAAAAGCAUUGAAAGAUAAGGAAAAUAACCAAACUCAGAAAAAGCAGCUGGCAGUAAAAACUCCUAGCCCAAAAUUUCAACAACAGAAACAUAUUAAAAAAGCAGAUAAUAAAGUUGAAAAUAUUAGGAUCCUGGUCCCAACAUUUAUUACAGUUUCUAAUCUUUCCACUAUCAUGGGUGUUCCUUUGAGUGAUCUUUUGAAGAAGUUGGAGAUUCUAGGUUUUGAGGGAAUGACACAUAACUAUAUUUUAGAUAAGGAAAAUGCCUCGUUGAUUGCGGAUGAGUAUGGAUUUGAAGUUACUAUGAAUGACGAUACCGGUGCUGAUUUAUUCCCAUCCCCAGAAUGCGAGGAUGAUAGUAAACUUAAACCAAGAGCUCCAGUUGUCACCAUUAUGGGACAUGUGGAUCAUGGAAAAACUACAAUUUUGGAUUACUUAAGAAAAUCAUCAGUGGUUGCCCAAGAGCAUGGUGGGAUUACUCAACAUAUUGGUGCUUUCUCAGUGAUAACUCCUAUUUCUAAACAAAAGAUUACCUUUUUAGAUACACCAGGGCAUGCGGCAUUUUUAAAAAUGAGAGAAAGGGGUGCAAUCAUCACUGAUAUUGUUAUUUUAGUAGUUGCUGCUGACGAUUCAGUUAUGCCUCAAACAAUCGAGGCAAUCAAGCAUGCUAAAAAGUCUGGUGUCCCGAUGAUCGUUGCUGUUAAUAAAUGUGAUAAACCAGGAGUUAAUACUGACAGAGUCUUAGCAGAUUUAUCCAAGCAUGGAAUUGAUGUGGAAGACUAUGGUGGAGAUACACAGACAGUUCUAGUUUCUGGUAAAACAGGAUUGAAUAUGGAUAAAUUGGAAGAAGCUGUUAUUACAUUACGUGAGAUGAGUGACUUUAGAUCUGAAAUUAGUAAUAUACCUUCAGAAGGUUGGGUUAUUGAAUCUGAGAUAGCAAAGGGUAUGGGAAAUAUUUCUACUGUCUUAGUUCGUAGGGGCACUGUCAAAGUUGGUAGUUAUUUAGUUGCAGGUAACACUUACUGUAAAGUAAGAGGUAUGAAAGAUGAAAAUGGAAAGACGGUUAAAAGUGCAGGUCCUUCCACCCCUGUUCAAAUAUGGGGUUGGAAAGAUUUGCCCCAAUCUGGUGACCAAAUAUUGGAAGCCAAGAAUGAACAAAUAGCCAAAAAAGUUUGCGAGAACAGAAUAAACCGUGAGAAACAAAUUAAGGCUGCUGGAGAUAUUGAAUCAAUUAACAAGAAAAGACAAUCGGAAAUCAAAGAAUUAGAAAGACAAGAGAAAAUCAAUGAAUUGAAAUUGGCUGGUUUUGAUGAAGAAACCCUAAAAAGUGAAUUUGAAUCUGAUCCUGAGUGUAUUAAAGUCAAAUAUAUCAUUAAAUCUGAUGUUUUUGGUUCAGCCGAGGCUAUUAAAGGAAGCAUAGAUGGCUUAGGUAAUGAAGAAGUCAAAUCUGUAGUUGUUUUACAUGAAGCAGGAAUGCCGUCUGAUUCAGAUGUUGAAAGAGCCAAAGCACUUAAUGCAAAAAUAUUGUGCUUCAACGUGAAAAUUCCUAAAGCAACUCAAGCAAAAGCUGACAAGAAUGUUGUUGAUAUAAAGGAAUAUAAUAUAAUUUACCGUUUGAUUGAAGAUGUCACAAAUGAAUUAACGUCUCAUUUGAAACCUCAUAUUGAAACGAAAAUAUUAGGUGAGGUCGAGAUCAAAGACGUAUUUUCCAUCACUUCCAAAACGAAGCUGAAGUUCAAAAUUGCAGGUUGUAAAGUCACCAAUGGUAAUAUUAAAAGAUCAUCCAAGAUAAAGGUUCUUAGAGGAAAGAAUGAAAUAUUUAACGGCUCUCUCUCAUCCCUAAAGCAUGUUAAGGAUGAUAUUUCUGAUGCUAAAAAGGGUAAUGAAUGCGGUAUUUCAUUUGAUAAUUGGGAUAAAUUCCAGGCUGGAGAUAUUAUCCAAGUUUACGAAGAAAUCGUACACCCAAGAUAUUUGUAA